AUGGCAUCUUCCAGUCUCAACUCCUCCAUGUGGCUCAAUGUCAGCGAUCCACAUGCCGUCCUGGAUCUCCUCCGCGCGGAUUCCGAACACCGCGCGGCUUUAGCCCAUCGGCGGCAGAAAAAUCGAGAGUCCAUGCAACGCUCGCGCCAGCGCCAACGCGAGCAGUUGCAAUGGCUGCGACGGGCUGUCGCCGACUUGGAACAGCAGUACCAGGCGCUCCGCCAACGUGCAAAAAGGGACGCGGGGAAGCACAUCGACUGCAAUAACACGCGCGAGCGACACGCAAAAGCGCUCGAGCUGCUGCAGCAAUUGGGCGCCGAGAACCUCUUCCUCAAAGCGUCGAUUCAGUCGCAGGCGUCGUGGGAAUUUGACGUUCGACGCGUGCUCGAGACCACAGUGAUGCUCGAUGGCUCGACAACGGCGUGGCACCGAAACACAGCAGACCCGUCAAGUGGGUCACCGCUUCCCAUACAUAUCGACCUCUUGAAUGCCCACGAAGCUGAAGUCGUGUUUGGCCAUCGCGAGCGCUCGGAACGCGACGUGAAGCACGUGAUCCUCCACAAUACACAGGCUGUCAAGCACGUGCAGGUGCAACUCCUCGAGCCGAGUAGCUACGGGAACGGAUUCGAAGUGGAUCGAGCCGACGUCUUCGGAUGGGACGCUCGACGACGUGUUCGAGGCAGCUUUAUGGACUUUGUCUUUACGAAACGGUUUACCACUGCAACCGUAUCGGUCGCAGAGCUCAUGCACAAGACCUGGGCACAUGGACUGCACUUGGACAGCGCACGUGCAAUCGAACGCGACAUCCAGCGACUCGACGUGCUGCAGAAAGUAAACGACAAUGCCUACGUGCUCGGACGUGACGUGCAGUCGCCGGACCAGCCGUCCGUGUUCCGAACGACACUGCUGCACUAUCGGAUGCAAACGACGGGCAAAGUGCCGUUCAAUGGCUCGUCGUUGCUCUCGAGUCGUGCCGAGCGUGUCGAAACCAGUCCGCGUCUACGCGCGAGGGGGUAUGUCAUUGGGACGCAGAGCCUGAAUCCAGCCGCUACUUCCAGUGCCAAACUCUUUCCGGAUCGUGCGGGGAUGGAGCCAUACGCGCCACUUGUGUGGGCCGAACUCGCACUGACGAUUGAAAUGCUGCAAGUGUCCGACUGUGUCACGGGCGAAGAUAAGUACAUGCAAGUGCGGUGGUCGGGUCAAGCGAAUUACGGCUCUUCGAACGACGCACAUCGAAACGCAGCCGAUAUCGUCACGACGGUCAUGCGCUGGGAACUCGGCACCAUCGCGCCCGUGAUUCAAUUGAACCUGACUGUCGAUAGUGUUGAACGAGACGUGACUCACGAGAUGGCGAGUAAAUAA